CUCACAAACAGCCAAAGGUCAUCGCCGCGACACUGUCCGCGUUAACCUCGAUGUACCAUGCAUAUGGCGUCAAGACAAUCGAGCCGAAGCCAUUGCUGAAGGUCUUACCUAAGCUCUUCGGCCAUGCGGACAAGAAUGUGCGCGCCGAGUCGCAGAACCUGUGUGUCGAGUUUUAUAGAUGGCUCAAGGAAGCUAUGAAGCCCCUUUUCUGGAAUGAUUUGAAACCCAUCCAACAACAAGAUCUGGACAAGCUAUUCGAAAAGGUCAAGGACGAACCUCCACCAAAGCAGGAGCGGCUUCUACGUUCUCAGCAGGCCAUCAAGGAAGCAGCACCAGCUGCAGCCGCGGAGGAGGAAUAUGAGGAGGAAGAGGAAGCGGCUGUUGAUCUAGAGCCGGAGUUCAAUCCCAUCGAUGUCACUGCAGCGAUUCCCAGUGACUUCGGAGAUCGACUAGCCUCAUCCAAAUGGAAAGACCGCAAAGAAGCUUUGGAAGAUCUCCAUAAGGCCAUCAACCAUCCAGCAAUCCAGGACGCAAAUUUCAACGAGUACAUGAACGGAUUUGCGAAGAGCAUGAAGGACGCAAACAUUGCAGUAGUCACAAUUGCUGCAAACUGCGUAGAAACCUUUGCGAAGGGCUUGAAAAAGAACUUUGGUAAAUACAGAUCAACUGUCAUGGGCCCAAUGAUGGAGAGAUUGAAGGAAAAGAAGCAAUCUGUCACGGACGCUAUUGCCGCCGCACUGGAUGCUGUUUUCAUGGCGACGAAAUUGUCAGACUGUCUCGAAGAGAUCUUGGAGUUUAUGAAACACAAGAAUCCACAAGUCAAGCUCCAGUCGACUCUCUUCCUCAUCAGAUGUCUCAAAACUACGCGCGAAGCCCCACAAUUACCAGAAGUGAAGUCAAUGGCAGAAGCAUCGACGAAACUUCUUACCGAGUCACAGGAAACGCAGCGAUCUGCAGGUGCCGAGGUUCUUGGUACGCUUUGGAAGAUCAUGGGUGAUAGACUCAUGAUGGUACACUUAGAAGGCCUGGACGAAAUCCGGAAGACAAAGAUCAAAGAGUACCAUGAGACAGCGGAGGUCAAGGCGAAAUACAAACCAAAGGCCGCUGCUCCACCUCCCAAGGCUGCCGCCGCCGCUCCUGCGCAGAAAAAGAUGUUUGGACAAAAGAAGGCGAAUGCGGCCGCAGCAGCCGCAAAACGCCCUGCGCCACGCGCCGCACCACCGCCGCCGGUAGAAGAACCAGCGGCACCUCUGGCACCACAACCAACAGCCCGUCCCGGUGUAUCCAAACUAGCGCCUCCUAAAUCUGGUCUCGCACCUCCAAAAGGCGGACUCAGACUACCAAACAAGAGUUCAGGGAUUGCCGCUGCAUCACCUAGACGAGCAGUCGUCUCACCUCCACCAGAAGAGUCCGCACCACCACCGCAACCCAAACUCGGUCUUGCCGGUCGCGGUCUUGCAGGGAGACCACUAGGCAAGCCCGCGCCGCCACCAGCCGAAUUCGCCGCACCUCCCCCACAGAAUAAUGGCCUCGCCGCUGUCGAGCGCGCCGAACUCGAGGAGCUUCGCGGCGAGGUUGAGCACCUCCGUCGCCAGCACGGAGAGUGGCGGUCCGAACGCACUAGAUUGACCUCUCAAGUCCACGAACUCCAAAACCAGAACGCCCAGCUCAUCGAGGACCACACGAGGGACGUGCUUUCCAUCAAGGCGAAAGAGACACAGUUGGUUCGCGCGAGAAGCGACUACGAGUCUGCAGAGCAAACAGUCCAAAAUCAGCAGCGCGAGAUGGACCGCUUGAAGCGUGAGCUCAGUCGCCAGGUGCGGGUAUCAAGCCCCCCGCCCCAGGAUUUCAGCGACGCGAUCUACGCCGAAACAGGUGUCAACGGCGGCGCCGGAGGGCGCUUUGGAGAUUCAGGCUACGGCGGUGCUAUUUACGGUCGACAUCGCGCAGCAGUGCAGUCACAGAGCCCGAGCGACGAGGGUAAGGAGAAUGUCGACUCAGAUAACUUCACAGCACAGAGAGACGCGAAACAGAGUCCGAGAAUUAGCCGGGAACGGACGGCGCCAUCUGCCACUGCGAGAAGCUCGCAAUCGAGCAGAUUGGGCAGUGGGACGGCGGGCCGAAUGACUCCUCCAGAUACGAUUGGAGGUGCGGCAAACGGAGCGGAGAGCUGGAAGCGUGCAGCGGAAGUUACACAGAAUCUGAAGGCCCGGAUCGAGCUGAUGAAGGCUAAGCAAGGACUCGGUAGGACGCCAUCGCAGUCGUGAGCGAAGCGUGAUGUGUGAGUUUUUGUGUGUAACGGAAUCAAUUCGCGGAGUCAGGUGUCAGGUUUGCGUCGUGAGCGAAGACUACGAUGAAUUUCCGGUGUAAACCAGCCUGCUUCCUUUCAAAACUCCUCUCUGCUUCUACCAACGCAUUGGGCUUGCGUAGAAGCAUCAAUCAUUUCUGGUGUUCGGUGGGGUUUGGGUUUCAAAGAAGACUUCGUUGCCUUUUGUGCUGAACAGUCUUCCUUGGACGACAUGGGAGAUGACGGUGGGACUAUCAGAUAUCCUAGUAAUGCAUGCAGCGAGUUUGGUUAUUUUUUGUUAAUUCGAGAUCUUGGUGUGAAAGACGGCAGUCUGCCUCGCUCAACAUAUUCUAACGCAUCAAUUCCGA